AUGACUACUGAUAAAAUUCAUUUAGCCCACUGUAUUUUGUACGAAUUCCAACAAGGAAUAAAUGCUACAGAAGCGUAUAGAAAUUUAUUGAAAGUGUUUGAUGAAAGUGAUUUCAACCUUUCUGAUAAGCCACGCUCUGGGCGACCAUCUUGGAUCGACGACGAUACUGUCAAGAUCAUAUUAGAGCAAAAUCCUUUUUUGACAACAUUGGAGAUUGUGGAAAGGCUUGAUUCAGCUGAACAAACCAUUUCGGACCAUAUUCGAAAAUUAGUAUUGGUGUGGAAAUAUUCGAAAUGGGUGCCACAUGAGUUAAUUUGCACGAAACAAAAUGGAACCCUUCUUGGACCGGAUGUGAUAACUGGGGAUGAAAAGUGGAUUACCUACGAAAACAUCAUAAGGAAAAGGGCAUAUUGUGAGCCCGGAAAACCUGUCUCCUCCACCUUUAAAGUUAAGCCGAACGAAAAGCUAAAUUUGGAGAGGUACUGUCAGCAAUUGGAUAAUUUAAAAACAGCACUCCAAGAAAAGAGGCCGGCGAUAUUCAAUAGGAAGGACAUCAUACUGCUUCAUGAUAAUGCCAGGCCACAUACUGCUUUGAGGACUCGUCAGAAACUCGCAGAGUUAAGCUGGGAAAUUCUGUUGCAUCCACCAUACUCCCCGGACCUAGGCAAAAAAUUCAAAAACGAAGCAGAUAUCAGACAAACAUUGGUUCAAUUUUUUGCUUCUGGGGAUAAGGCAUUUUUUAAAAAUGGGACAUACAAAUUGCCAUUACGCCGGCAAGAAGUCAUAAAUAAUUAUGGCAAUUAUAUUAUUCAAUAA